UAUGAAUAAAUUAAUAUCUACUGUUGUGAAGAGUAUGCAAUCACAAGCUCCUUUAUAUGCUUAUCACUUUCCUAAUGGUUCUGUCUAUAACAAUGUACCAUAUCAUCUAUUCUUUAGCCAGCAGUAACUGCUAAGAGAAUCAUUAAGGUGGUUGGAGAAAGAUUAAGAAAAAUAGAUCCAGAAAGAGUAAAUCAAGAUUUAAUUAUCUUUAUAGUGGGAGUCGACACCAAUUACAUUUAACACUAAUUGGAAUGAUGCAGCAGGAUAUGUUGAUGUUGCUACUUGUAUUCACAUUCAUGAUGCUCUUGAAAAGGAGUUUGGUAUUGAGAUCAAGGAUAGAGCUUUCCUUGUUUCCAGUAUUGAAACUGCAUUUUACAUAGUAAACAUUCAUCACGAUAGUCAUUGAG